UCUGGUUUCGGGAGUAGGAGACAUUGAUGCAGAAGGGCAUGUGUGCUUGGGUUUGUUCUUAGUUGAAAGAUCUAAAAAUUGAAACAUUUCAAGUUGAAGAAUCAGUCACUAUGAACGACUGUUGUUCUCAAUGGAUUACAAAAUGUGCGUAUUUUCCACAUAGAAGAAUUACGUAUAAUCUUAAUGUAGACAAAGGAUAUGAUGUGAGCGUGGAUGUUAAGAAGAGAGUGAUGAUUAUGAGUUGAUGUCGAUGAUUUGGAAAGAAGUGUGGAAAAUACGGAAUCAGCAUCAGCGAUUAUUCGCCCCAAAUCUCACGGUGGACGGGCCGAUCGAGUCGCUACUCAGAGCCCACUCGCGAGUUGCCACGAUUUGGAUUCUCCCGUCUCUAUCAAUUUCAUACUCCUUCCUUCACUUCGGAUUUGUCAAGAAGUCACUGCCUUCAUGGGAAGGACUGCAUUUUUCUUGAGUCAUUCUACGACUGUGGCUUUCAUCUGGUUCACCUCUGCCGCCCUCUUCUUCAUUCUUUUCCAGAUGGCUCUCCACAACUCUACUUCCGCUUCUUCUUCAGAUUCUUUGAUUUCAAAUUCUGAGUUAAGAUCAAGAUUGUACAACAAGAUGGCGAUGGAUUUGGAUGAGAAAGGGGCACUUUUCCUUAAGGACGGCGAAACAUCUCAGUCUUUAUCACUUUCUGAUAUCUUCACCGUUAAGGAUGGAUCAGUCACUCCUAUAUUGAAGCCGGCAAAUCCUCCUGUUCGUGCUAACGUUUUGUAUCUAAGCACAGAGUACUCUGUUCCCAUAUCUGAGGCGGUAAAAUCUAUAUUCAAUCCUUAUUUUGAUAAAGCAAUUUGGUUCCAGAACUCUAGCUUGUACCAUUUUAGCAUGUUUCACGCAUCGCACCAUAUUACACCGGUUCCUGCUACUGAAGACGAGAUCGAAGCUGAAGCAGCUGCUGUGAAGUCUGCAACAGAGCAUAUGUGCCGAUUGAAAAUAGUUCUAGACAGAGUUGUUUUAACUUCAACAGGCGUUCUUCUUGGAUGUUGGCAGGUAAUAUCAGGGACAGAUCCUGUGACGAUACGUGCUAAACUAAGGGCAGCACUUCCACAUGCACCAGAGAAACAACUUUAUGAUCCCGCUAUUCUUCACACAUCAUUUGCUCGCCUUUUGGGUCACCCGAAACUUCCCGGAUCGCUUCAUAGUAGUUCUGAUGAACUCCAACUCUUUCACGAGCUGGUUGUUCGCUUGAAUAAACAACUCCAUGGAUUUGAGGCAAUGGUGUCGGAGCUGUGGUAUGUGGAGGAAUAUGAUGUUUUAGCUCUGGCUUUGAAUGGAAGAAUGAAGAUUCACAAGUUCCAACUUGGCUGCUCCAGCUCUUGAGAUGAACAAUCUCAAUACCACCCUUGAACUUAUCACGCAAGAGUUUUCUUAUAAACAACCCGCAGUUGAUACUCACUGCCGCACGGCCACCCGCUCGGAAUGAUGCAGACUUUCUCUUAGACGUGAAACUUGAAAGGGUUAUAACGUUACAAGGAGCUUUCUUGUAAAUGAAUAAGAGGCUUAUCUGAAUAGAUAAAGAUGUGUACUAUGUUAUAAAAGUUAGAUUCCUCUCUCU